GACAUCAUCAGCCACGAUGAUCAUUCUCAAGGUGUUCGCUGUUGCCCUUGUGCUGUUUGGAAACAGCUGUCUUUCUGCUAAGAUAAAGAGGUCACCACAAGGUCCACCUUCAGGACCACCUGGUCCACCUUCAGGACCACCUGGGUUUCCAUUUUUUACAACAAGGCCACCUAUUAUUGGGCCACCAGGGCCACCAGGGCCACCAGGUCCAGAGGGUCCACAAGGACCGCCAGGACCACAGGGUCCACCAGGGUCACAAGGUCCAACAGGUCCACCUGGACCAGAUGGUGAGCCAGGCUCUAAUGGUCCACCAGGACCACCUGGACCAGAUGGUCCCCCAGGGCCAAAUGGGCCACCGGGUCCACCUGGACUAUAUGGGCCACCAGGACCUCCCGGAAAAGAUGGGCCACCAGGACCACCUGGACCAGCUGGACCAGCUGGACCACCUGGACCAGCAGGACCAUCUGGACCACCUGGACCACCAGGACCACCUAGUCCACCAGGGCUACCUGGACCACCAGGUCCUCCCGGGCCACCACAACAAUAUCCAUAUUGGCCUUUUUGGCCACCCGGGCUACGACCACCUUGGCUACCAGCACCUUGGCCACCUAUGCAACCAGCACCUUGGCCACCAGCACCUUGGCCACCUAGGCCACCCACCUUGGCCACCUGGGCCACCACCAUAUUAGCCACUCCCAUCUUAGCCACCUGGGCCAUCACCAUGUUCACGACCUGGGCCACUGCCACCACCACCUGA